UUCUGUCAAAUAGCUUCAGUUUUUCUCCUACAAAUAUGUUUAUAGUGUUGGUUCAAAAUUUGUAGUAAUUAAGUAAUUUAGCACUUAAGAAAUCGAAUAUGUGUGACAAUCAAAACGUUAAGGCAGACCGCAUACGAUGCGAAGCGUGCAGAACUAUAAAUCUGGCCAAACAUGCCCAACAUCCAAAGGUCGAUAUGCAGAUUGCUGAAAAAUGUGUACCAGGAAAAGUGUGCCUUCCUGUUACAGAGCUUCCUCUCAACCCAACGUGUAUCAAGGUAUGCGACAGAGAAGAAUAUCUCCUAAGGCACAGCGGCAAGCCAUUGACAGUGCCGAAACCGCCUAUACCUUACGCGCAUGGCAAGCUUAUGUAUGGUGUCAAAGCUGGUAUCCUGGUAGGCGCGGUUUACUUCACGUACACGCAAGGCAUAUGGGGCGACCAGCAAGAUGUCACAGAGUGUCUUCGCCGUUGGUCAGAAUAUGUUCGAAGUAUCAACACGAGACGUCCACCAUCUUUUGAUCUGUGUGGUAACGUCAUAAAAAAGGAGAACCCUGAAAGUAUAUUCGCGCCCAUAUACAUGAUGUACAAGGAAGUGAUCACCACUUGUUUUGAGGGCGUUGUAAAAGUCCCAUUGCUGGUCAAAUGCGCUUACGUCGACUACCUCGAAGCGAUGAAGAAGAAGUAUGAACAAGAAGUACUCGAGAGGAAGAUACGCAAGAGAGGCUGAAUUGAAGUAUUCCAUAUUUUGUGACCAGUGUCCCGUUAAAUCUACUUAGUGCCCUGAACGUACCCUAGUCCAAAUACCCUUGUGUGAAUUAUGAAUGUGCGAAAUAUUAAAAUCAAAAACAUUUUGCUUUGUGGAAAUAAAUGAAAAUGUAUA